AUGGCACCUAAGAAGGAGAAAAGCACCGGGAACGCAAUCUCUAAGAUAUGGGAACCCUCACUCAUAGCUGCACACUUGAACCAGAACGAUUGGAAGGCCUCCAUCGCUUUCGUGGUUGGGAACCGGAUUGAAGAUGAUCUUCUCAUUCGUGCUCUAGAAAUGGCUGUCCAAGUCCCUCAGCGUAAACUCUUCAGUAUAGUGUCGUGGCAAGAUAUUCUCCAGCAGAUCAACGAAAUACAGUCACUUGUUGGAACUGCCUCAGCUAAAAAGGGGAAAAAACCCGCGAGCAGCAUUUUACCGUUGUAUUAUGAGGUGUUGCUGGCAGCAAGAACCAUUAUGGAUAGUGGAGAGAAACUGACCUUACCGUUGAUAGGGAAACUCUUGAAAUUUCAACUUCUCCAGGUUAAAUCAAAGGACCAGCAGAGACGCGAAAAUGAAAAGAAGAUGAUAGAAGAAAGGGCAAAGUCGGAAAAGGAAAAAGGCAAAGUGAAGUCUCCCAAAGAGAAGAAGGCCCCCAGUGCCAAAGCUGGAAAAGGAAAGGGAAAGGACCAGCCCGAGGCUGCUGCAGCAGUGAAGAAGACCACCCAGUUGAAACGGAGGGGGGAGGAAGACGACAUCAAAUCCUACAUUGAUGAUGAGCCAGAUGACGGUGCCCAGCAUUAUAUUAUUGUCGUGGGUUUCAACAAUCCUCAAAUAUUAGCCAUUAUGACUGAGCUUGGCAUUUCUAUAGACAGUGUGAUUAAAAUAUCUUCAGAGAACUAUGAACCACUGCAGAACCACCUGGCCGCAGUCAGCCAGCAGCAGGAAGGUGUCCUUCAGCCCGAAGAUAUAGAAGCCGAAAAACUGAAGAGAGAAAAAACCAUUAAAGAACUUGAAAUUUUCUGGAAGUACUUGGAACCAAUCCUGAACAACGAGAAGCCUGAAACCAAUCUCUUUGAUGUUGCUCGGCUCCAUUACAUGGUCGGUGUGGCGCAUUUUCCUUCUGACUGGUCAGACAAUGAGAUGAUGCUCGAGUUGGGCACCGAGAUCUUUGAAAAUGUUGCCUGUCUGAUGUAUGACAGCCUAGACUGGAAGAGGCAGCACCAGCACUAUUUAACAAGCAUGCAGCUCAUCAACGUCCCGCAAGUGGUCAGCGAGAAAACCAUGUUAGAAGCCAUAGCGAUUCCAGAGCCUCAACCUCCAUCGUCUGCUCCAGCCCCUGGCAAGAAGAAAGCGCAGUAUGAAGAGCCACCCCCACCCCCCACAGUGGCUUUCAUCGUCACCACUGAGGUAGACAUGCGCUAUUACAAUGACCUGCUGAAUCCAAUCCCAGAGGAAUUUGUCUCUGUGCCCCUGAUACUGCACUGCAUGCUGGAACAGGUUGUGGCAACUGAAGAAGACCUCAUCCCCCCAAGUCUGGUGGAGCCACCCCACAGAGCAGACGGGUUGGACUACAGAAUUGCCGCUCACAUCGUGUCCAUCCUGCCUUCGCUCUGCCUGUCUGAGAAGGAGAAGAAGUAUCUCCAUGAGAUAUUCCUAACUGAAGGAGAAAGUGAAACCAAAGCAGCGCCCCAAGGCCCUCUCCUGCUGAACUACCACGAUGCCCAUGCCCACAAGAAGUAUGUACUGAAGGACCAAAAAAAUUUUGACCCAGUUCAAAUCGAGCAGGAGAUGCAGUCCAAGCUGCCACUGUGGGAAUUCCUUCAGUUCCCUCUGCCCCCUCCGUGGAAUAGCACCAAGAGACUCGCCACUAUCCACGAGCUCAUGCAUUUCUGCACCAAUGAAGUGCUGAGCUGGAAUGAAGUAGAACGAGCCUUCAAGGUGUUUACUUUUGAGAGUCUGAAGCUCUCAGAGGUAGACGAAACAGGACAGCUCAAGCCCGCCAAGGUGGACAGUCAGACAGAUGGUGAGAAUUUCAACAUCCCAUGGGACAACCCCGCCCGGUUCGCUAAGCAGAUAAGGCAGCAGUUCAUCCACAAGAUGAACGUCCAGAAGGUCAAGCCAGUGACAGUCACUGAAAACAAAGACAGAACACUAUUUGUAGACCAGAAUUUGUCAAAGACCGAGCAAGAGGCUGAGAGAUAUGGAAAUUCCCCGGAUCCUGAUCAGCCUGCUGCUAACAGUGUAAACCACUCUACUUCCGACACCAUGAGACCCUUGGAUGCUGGUAACAAACAGCUAUCAGAGAAGGAGACCAGUGGGUCCAUGUGGCCCCAGCCAGAGUCCUUGGAGCAGCCCAUGGACAAUGAGAUCAAAGAUGAAGCAGCCACAAAGGAUGGCUCUCUUGAAAAGAAACCCAAGAAGAUGGUGGUGGAAGCUAAUCUAGAGGACAUAAAGAAAACGCAGCAGCGCAGUUUAACGGACUGGAGCUUUACUGAGCAUUUUCAGCCGAAAGUCUUGCUUCAGGUCCUUCAGGAAGCCCAUCAGCAGUAUCGAUGUGUUGACUCCUAUUACCACACGCAGGACAAUUCUUUGCUUCUGGUUUUUCAUAACCCAAUGAAUAUACAACGUCUGCAUUGUGAAUAUUGGAAAAUUGCUCUUCACUCUAAUGUUGGAUUCAGGAAUUAUUUGGAACUCAUUGCAAACUCUAUUCAAGACUGGAUCACAGAGGAAGAAGCAAAGUAUCAGGAAGCCAAGAUGGCUGAAGAAGUCAACAGGACCAAGAUUGAGCUAGAACUGAAAACUUCGGCUGCCAAAAUUUCUUCUAGCAAAGUUCUUGCUCUCAAAAAAUCUAAAAGUAACAAAGUAGUCAGCAAAACAGAGAUACCAGAACAAGAGAAGGAGAAAGAGAAAGAGAAGAUGCCUUUUGUUUUAGAAGGCUCUCUCAAGGCAUGGAAGGAAGAACAAGAGAGGUUGGCAGAGGAGGAGCGCCUGAAGGAGAAGAAAGGGAAAGACGUCGGUAAAAAGAAAGGCAAGGAUAAGGCAGACAAAGAGGAUACUAAGGGUUUGAAGAAGAAAUCCUCUUCCAAGGAGAAACCUAAGGAAGAGCCCAUAAAGAUCCCGGAAGUGAUAGAGGAGUCUGUCCCACUUCCGGAACCCGAGAUAGUUUACCCGUUCCGAGGCUACAAUAUGGGAGAAGUACCCAUCCAAAUCUCAGGGAAAAAUUACUAUCUGUAUCCUUCUGAUGGAGGGCAGAUUGAAGUAGAAAAGACCGCGUUUGAACGAGGCCCAACCUUCAUCAAAGUGAAAGUUAAAAAAGACAAACACAAUUUUAUAAUUCACCUGAAAGACCCAAAGGAAAUUGUGAAAAAGCCCAAGGAAGAGGAUUACUCUUCAGAAGAAGAGGAGGAGGGAAACAUUCAACAAAACGCUGACAUGAAAGCUCCAAAAAAUGGAAAUAUAUCCUUGAUACGAUUUUGUCUUUUAGAAACAUCACAGGUAGUGAAUGAAGUUGUCAGCAAGUUUGGAUCAUUUUCUGCCACCUUAGAAAAUGGGAUCUGCCUCUCAAUCAGUUACUAUGGAGCACAUGGGCUGGCGCCAGAGGUUACGGAUUCCAACCUGGACACAAUGAUGAAUAUCCCUUCAGCUCUGACUGCAACUGUGAUUCCCACUAUAGUGACUGUCCCUCAAACCAAAGGGAAAGCGAAAGUAAAGGGCAAAGAAAAACCCAAAGAGUCCCUUAAAGAAGAGGAACACCCAAAAGAAGAAGAGAAAAAGAAUUAUGUACAGGAAGAAGUAGAGCCAGAGAUUGUUGUACAGGAAACUCCUUAUGUUCCCACCUUUCAAAACCUAAACGUAUCUUGCCCCAAUGGGCUCCUGCUGACCUUCAUUGGGCAAGAAUCUGCAGAUCAUGCUGUGGUAGACGAAGAGCCAAGCUGGGACCUCAUGAUCCGUCAGAGCUACCCCCAGAGAAUGAAGCACUAUGAAUUCUAUAAAGCGGUGUUGCCACCCGUGGAGCAGGAGGCAUCGAGAGUUAUCACCAGCCAGGGCACCGUCGUCAAGUAUAUGCUGGAUGGAUCCACACAGAUUCUCUUUGCAGACGGUGCUGUGUGCAGCAGUCCCGAUUCAGGUCCAGUGUAUACAUCUCCUGACACAUCUGCAAGCCCCCAUAACGGAGAUUUGGUGGACUCGGCUUCUCAGCCCAAAUCGGAAACAGCACCAUCUGAGAUUGUCAUUACCAAGAAAGGAAAAGGUCACAAAAAUCCAAUGACACACAAGACUGAAACCCAUGAAACUCUCCCAGAGGUAGUAGCUCAAACAGUAAUCACUACGGAUUCCCACACUGGCACCUGGUUUACAACAACACCUGAUGGAAAUCGGAUCGGCACCAAAGGACUGAAGAAAAUUGAAGACUUAAAACCAUUUUUAUCCUUCCAGGCUACAGAUCCCAUCAAUGGAACGGUCAUGAUUACUCGAGAAGACAAGGUGAUCAUUGUUGAGAAGAAAGAUGGAACCCGGAUCGUGGAUCAUGCUGACGGUACCAGAAUCACAACCUUUUAUCAGGUUUAUGAAGAUCAUAUUAUUCCUCCGGAUGGUGAAGAAACAACCGAAGGUCCAGCGACUGUCACCAGGCAGGUGAAGUGCAUGCGGAUAGAGAGCUCACACUAUGCCACUGUUAUCACCAACUGCGAGGACAGUAGCUGCUGUGCCACCUUUGGGGAUGGAACGUCUAUUAUUGCGAAGCCACAGGGAUCAUACCAGGUGUUACCCCCAAACACAGGCUGCCUUUAUAUCGACAGAGACUGUUCAGCUACAUACUGCCAUGAACCGAGCAGCAACAUCUACCACCCCUUCCAGAAGCGUGAGCAGCUGAGAGCCAGCAGGUACAUCAUGAAGCACACCUCAGAAGUGAUCUGUGAGGUCCUGGAUCCUGAGGGGAACACAUUUCAGGUCAUGGCUGAUGGCUCUGUAUCAACAAUGUUACCAAAAAAGAAAUUAGAAGCUGAUCUCAGUGUACAAACUGAGGGCUAUGAAAGCUUGUCAUCAAUUCACCUUGAAAAGAAUCACAUGCAAAUCUAUGGGGAACACGUUCCCAGGUUUUUUGUGAUCUACACUGACGGAUCCGGUGUGGAACUCCUCCGAGACAGUGACAUAGAAGAAUACUUAUCCUUGGCCUAUGGAGAAUCCACGACUGUGGUUCUCCAGGAACCAGUCCAGGAACAGCCAGGCGCCUUGAGUAUAACGGUGCUUCGCCCUUUCUAUGAAGCAUCACCAUGGCUAAUGAAGAAGGAGUUAGACACCAUCGUCCCUCCAAAUCUCCAGUCAAGGUCAUGGGAAAGAUUCCCUUCAGUUGAGAAAAAGACUCCCGGACCUCCAUUUGGCACUCAGAUUUGGAAAGGCCUCUGCAUCGGGUCUAAGCAGCUGACAAAUGCCCCAGCCCCAAUACUCAAAGGCCCCAAGGUGCUACAGAUGCGCCAGUUCUUCCAGCAUGAGGUCAUAAAGAAUGAGGUCAAGCUGAGGCUGCAGGUUUCCCUUAAGGAUUAUAUAAACCAUAUUCUAAAGAAGGAAGACGAGCUACAGGAAAUGACAGUCAAGGAUUCCAGGACAGAGGAAGAAAGAGGCAAUGCUGCAGACCUCCUCAAGCUGGUUAUGUCUUUCCCUAAAAUGGAGGAAACUACAAAAAGUCAUGUUACUGAAGUUGCAGCCCACCUAACGGAUUUGUUCAAGCAAUCUAUGGCUUCAACUCCAGUAUGUUCCCCAGACACAUUCUCUAAAGAUUUCUUUGAAAAGAAUUGGAGGGGUACGUCACCAGGAAAGAGCUGGAAAGAAAAGCUCGAGCAACAGAGGAACACUAUUGAGAAAACAAAAAAUUACCUGUCGCAAAUUAGGAACAAAGAAGUACCACCUUAUUUUAAGUCUGAACUGGGCCCGCUAUUUAAGACACAGUAUGAUUAUCUGGAGAAGCUUUCCAAAAACCUGCCUCCUGUUACAAAGAAAACGGAAGACACAGCCACAGCAGCUGUUCCGGAUCUGCCUUCAGAUUCCACACUGACUUCAGGUGUAGAACAAGAAGCUGCAAAUAUACCUCCCCUUCCAAAAGAAGAGGUUGCUGAGAAUAUCACGGAGCCUACUAGCCUAAGUGAUAUUGAAAAUAUAACUCAACCUAUCAAGAAGUCUUCUAGCCAAAACCAAACUGAAAAUUUAGCACAACCUUCCCAAGAGUCUGAGAGUCAAAAGGAAACCGAAAUUGUAACCAACUCUUCCAAGGAAACUGAUAUUCAGAACAAAAGCGAAACUUUAAAAAUAGCUACUAAGAAGUCUGCUAGCCAAAACCAACUUGAAAUUUUAACAAAAUUUGCCAAGGAGGCUGCAAGCCAAAACCAACUUGAAAAUGUCACCAGACCUCCUAAUGAAGAACCAGACAUUUUUAUGCCGAUCAAAAUUCCAACCCAGUCAUUGCUGCAGGAUGUUACUGGACAAGCAAGAAAAGAGAAAGUGAGGUUACCUCAUUAUCUGAUGGGUUCCAAACCCAAGUCUCAACCUCUUGCCAAGGUGGAAGAUUCCGUUGGGGGAAAAGUGAAUACGUCUUCCAUUGCAUCUGCUGCUAUUUAUAACAAAAACGCAUCCCCUUUCGGGUUCCACCUUCUCCCACCGGCGGUGAAGUUUGGAGUGCUUAAAGAGGGACACACCUAUGCAACCAUUGUGAAACUCAAGAAUGUCGGUGUGGACUUCUGCAGGUUUAAAGUGAAGCAGCCACCACCUAGCACUGGACUGAAAGUGACAUAUAAACCUGGGCCUGUGGCUGCCGGUUUGCAUGCAGAGCUGCAGAUAGAGCUCUUUGCCAUGGCUGUUGGAGAAGACGGUGCCAAGAGGUCAGCACACAUCUCCCACAACAUCGAGAUCACGACAGAGCAUGAUAUUCUGUUCUUACCCGUGGAAGCAAUAGUUUUAACAAGCAGUAACUAUGACAAUCGACCCAAAGAUUUUCCCCAGGGAAAAGAAAACCCCAUGGUCUACAGGACUUCCACAAUCUCCUCCUCCGCACUUGGAGUCUUCACGUCUCGCAAGUCCAUGCGUCGUCAUCAUCGUUAG